CACAAUAAUCCUAAUUCACACACGGGUGCCCCGCCUCUUGUGCUGCGGCUGCUCUUGGACGAGGAGCCCAAACACGAGAGCGAGUCAGUCUGUCAGUCAGAGCAAACGCACAGGCAGAGGAACUCCAGAGGGGGAAAAAAAACAAAGAACGAUCAAAAGGAAAGAAGACAAGGAGAACGCCAUAUUUCAUGGACUUGCCAUAAGAAGGAAAGAAGAUGGCCAGAUGUUGUUUUGCAUGGUUCUGUGAGGAAAAACUGAGCAGCUUUUCUUGAUUGUCAAGUGGUUCCUCACAUUUCCCCUACUUUCCACAGCAACAUGGAGAUUUUAAGACAUGGAAAUUUUGGCUCACCAUAUUUGUUGCAGGUAUUUUUGUUUGUAUUUAUGUGUGACUAGUAUUGUCUGGAAUAACAAUGGUUGAACCCGUGGGGUUUGUGGAGGCUUGGAGAGCUCAGUUUCCCGAAUCUGAUCCGCCAUGCAUGGAGUUGAACUCCAUGGGAGAUAUUGAACAGGAGCUUGACAAAUGCAAGACAUCCAUCAAACAUUUGGAGAAGGAAGUAAACAAGGAGCGCUUUAGGAUGAUCUACCUGCAGACUCUUCUUGCAAAAGAGAGGAAAUCUUAUGAUGGCCAGCGAUGGGGGUUUAAAAUGAUUCCUCAGACAAGUGAUGAAAACCUUCUCAGUGGUCCAGACAGCCAGAGGCCUCACAAAGAGGAAGUGUCAGUGGUACAGCCACAGAAAGCACCCGGAAAGAAGGAAAAGUGGACAUCACAUCCAGAGGGGGAGGUUGAGAGUGCCAAACUGCAGGACGGGGAGACACCUGUGCACCAAGAGUUCGACACUGAGUUCCCAGUGGGACCGGGUUCAGUGGCGGCGCUGAGAUCCAACUUCGAACGCAUCAGGAGAGCCAACUCACACACAGCUGGAGAUGGUAAAGGGUUGUCAGUGAUGGGAGGACCAGACAAACCCUUCUAUGUUAACAUGGAGUACCAUUACGAGCGAGGACUGGUCAAAGUUAACGACAGGGAGGUCUCAGACAAGAUCAGCACACUUGGGAGUCAGGCCAUGCAGAUGGAACGCAAGAGGUGUCUUUAUUCGGUACCAGGGAACCUGUCAGCCGCCGCAGGGGACAUAAACAAGUGUGUUCAGCGGGGCCGGUCCACUGAGGGGAACUGCGGUUAUAACGGGUCAUAUGACGAACCAGGGGUCACCGAUCACUUCCGAAAAGACAGCGCGAGCCGUUCCGCUGGAGGAAAGUCUGACGCACAGCCAGCUGAGUGCCAACCAUACACUAGUGUGUAUGUUGGGGGAAUGAUACCUGAGGGGGACACUCGAGUGAUCCACAUUAGAGACCACAGCAUAGAGGAGAACACACAUCUAACAUGGCCUCGGCGCUCCUGCUCUCCUGGCAGCUUUGAUGACGACGGAGGAGAGGGAUACACUCCAGACUGCAGCUCCAAUGAGAAUUUGACAUCCAGCGAAGAGGACUUCUCCUCAGGCCAGUCCAGCCAUGUUUCUCCCAGUCCCACCACCUAUCAGAUGUUCAGGGACAAAAGUCGCUCACCUUCUCAGCAGUCGUUUGACAGCAGCAGCCCACCCACGCCCCUCUCCCAAAAGCAACAGGUGGGAGUGACUGACCAGAUCAGAGUACAUCAAGCAGGCCAACCUUGGCCCAGUGAUGGGGAAUCCACCACAUCGAGCAGGACCUCCCACGACAACAGUGUUCAAGGUGAUCUGGAUAACGAGGGACCGCCGUCAUUUAGUUAUGACCUGGAAAACUCAGAGGAGCAAUCUUGUCACGAUGCUGUGUCCCUCACGGGCUCUCCUUCCUCCUCGCCACAGCUCCGUUCUAAAAGUCAAUGCAGCCGAGACACCCAGUCAUCUGGUUCCCUGGAGUCUACGCUGUCGGUUGAGCUGGAUCAGGAAAAAGGUGUGGAGAUGAGGAAGUGGGUUCUGUCCGGAAUCCUGGCCAGUGAGGAGACAUACCUCAGCCAUCUAGAAGCACUUUUAAUUCCCAUGAAGCCUCUCAGGGCCGCUGCCACAACGUCCCAACCAAUGCUGACCAUCCAGCAGAUAGAGACGAUUUUCUUUAAAGUGCCAGAGCUCCAUGAGAUCCAUAAAGACUUCUACGAUGCGCUGCUUCCUCGUGUCCAAGACUGGAGUUACCAACAGUGUGUGGGAGACCUCUUCCAGAGACUGGCCAGCCAGCUCGGGGUUUACCGGGCCUUUGUGGAUAACUAUAAGGUUGCUGUGGCGACUGCAGACAAGUGUUGCCAGGCAAACACACAGUUUGCGCAGAUAUCUGAGGAUCUUAAGGUUAAAAGCACAAAAGACAGCAAGGACCAGUCAGCGAAGAAAUCCCUGGAGACUCUUCUCUACAAGCCUGUUGACCGAGUGACACGCAGCACACUCGUUCUGCAUGACUUACUGAAGCACACUCCCUCGAGCCACCUUGACUAUCCACUGUUACAGGAUGCCCUGCGCAUCUCACAGAACUUCCUCUCCAGCAUUAAUGAAGAAAUCACCCCUCGCAGGCAUUCAAUGACAGUAAAGAAGGGAGAGAAUCGUCAACUUCUGAGGGACCGCUUCAUGGUGGAGCUGGUUGAAGGUUCCAGGAAACUCCGUCAUGUCUUCCUCUUCACUGACCUGCUGCUCUGUACCAAGCUGAAGAAACAGGCUGCUGGGAAAGGACAACAGUACGACUGCAAGUGGUACCUUCCACUAGCCGACUUGACCUUUCAGACCAUUGAGGACUGCGAGUCGACCCCGAUACCUUUGGUCCAGGAUGAGGAAAUUGAUGCCAUGAAGAUCAAACUGUCCCAGAUUAAGAAUGAGAUCCAAAGAGAAAAGAGAACCACCAAAGGACCCAAAGUGAUGGAGCGGCUGAGGAAGAGGUUGUCGGAGCAGGAGUCUUUGCUUCUCCUUAUGUCACCCAACAUGGCUUUCAGAGUAGCUAACAGGAAUGGCAAGGGGUUCACAUUUUUGAUCUCGUCAGACUACGAACGUGCUGAAUGGAGGGAGAUCAUGCGUGAGCAGCAAAAGAAAUGUUUCAAGAGCUUCUCUCUGACAUCUCUGGAGUUGCAGAUGCUUACGAACUCAUGUGUGAAACUCCAGACUGUCCACACUAUACCAGUGACCAUGAAUAAAGAGGAUGACGAAUCCCCAGGAUUGUACGGCUUCUUGAAUGUCAUUGUACACUCUGCAUCAGGACUCAAACAAAUCUUAAACCUUUACUGCUCUCUUGAGGUGGAUUCCUUUGGCUACUUUGUCAACAAAGCCAAAACGCGUGUGUACAGAGACUCCACUGAGCCCAGCUGGAAUGAGGAGUUUGAGAUUGAGCUGGAGGGCUCCCAGACUCUGAGGCUGCUCUGCUACGAGAAGUCCUGCAGCAAACCCAAGCAGAGCAAAGAAGAUGGAGAGGUGACAGAUAAGAUUAUGGUCAAAGGACAGAUAAAGUUGGAUCCACAAAAUUUGCAAAGCAAAGACUGGCAGAGGACGGUCAUUGCUAUGAAUGGGGUUGAGGUCAAGCUUUCGAUGAAGUUCACCAGCAGAGAGUUCAGUCUCAAGCGCAUGCCUUCACGGAAACAGUCUGGCGUGUUUGGGGUGAAAAUGAAUGUUGUAACAAAACGGGAGCGCUCCAAGGUUCCCCUCAUUGUGAGACAGUGUGUUGAGGAGAUAGAGCGACGAGGGAUGGAGGAAGUGGGCAUCUACAGAGUGUCUGGCGUUGCAACUGACAUCCAAGCGCUUAAGGCUGCCUUUGAUUUGAACAACAAGGAUGUGUCUGUGAUGAUGAGGGACAUGGACGUCAACGCCAUCGCCGGUACGCUGAAGUUAUAUUUCCGUGAGCUGCCGGAGCCUCUUUUCACUGAUGAGUUGUACCCCAACUUUUCCGGAGGCAUUGCGCUUUCUGACAGUGUGGCCAAGGAGAGCUGCAUGCUCAACCUGCUGCUGUCUCUACCAGAGCCCAAUCUGGUCACCUUCCUCUUUCUGCUUGACCACUUGAAAAGGGUGGCUGAAAAUGAGAGCUUCAACAAGAUGUCUCUGCACAAUCUGGCCACUGUUUUUGGACCCACUUUGCUUCGGCCGUCUGAGAAAGACAGCAAAAUCACAAUUAACAGUUCACAGCCAAUCUCUAUGAAUGACAGCUGGUCUCUGGAGGUCAUGGCUCAGGUGCAAGUACUACUCUACUUUCUUCAGCUGGAGAGCAUUCCAACACCUGACAGCAAACGACAAAGCCUUCUCUUCUCUACUGAAGUAUAACUGGAUUUUUAUACAUGCUUGAGGUGGCGUACAGAACAAGGAAAUGGAUGAUGCACAAUUUUGUCACGAGGUGGAACCAUCACCUCAUGGGUCACAAAGUUCAAAGCUUUCUUUUUCUGAGCUGGGAUGAGCAUGGGAGUUAGUUGACCUUCUGCUUUAUCGCCCUGAUAUAUGGACAGACUACAUCUAUUUUGUAAUAUGUUUGAUAAUGCAAUUAGGUUGCUUGAUGCAAUAAUUUGCUGCCCGUCAUUGUGCACAUUAGCGCAAUCCUCACAGAGGGUGAAUUUGUAACAUUUUUCACUGUUUUAAGGAUUUAUCACUGGUCACUGUGGAUUGGUGGAAUAUAAAUGGCGAUAGGUUUUCAUCUCUACACAGUAUUUGGCUCGGAAAAGCUUGUGCCACGAGUCCCUACUUUGUUAGGGUUUUGAAAGUAUGAGACUGAAAUUCACAGUUAGCGUCCAACAUGCAGGCAUGUUAAGGGUUUAGUUUUAUGUUUAAAACUUAAAUUGUAUGUCAUGGUGGUGUCCGCAACGUCUCUUGUUGAAAUGUUUCAUUUCAUGUUUUCAUUAGAUAUCAGCGUUUUUUUUUUUUUUUCUUCAAGUUCCUGUAGUAGGUUCUUUGUAUUUUGUCCCUACUGUUUUUGUUGGUUGCCAUUUGAUUUGAUUAUGUAACUAGAGUUGCUGUAUUUUGUGUUUCUAAUUGCAUUCCUUCUUCAAUAUCCUACCUUUAAAUUGCUGUCGUUAUGAGAGACCUUAUUGGGUACACCCUUGAUUGACAAAUAUUCAACACUCCUGGGGUAUUAAGAGGCUUAUGAUACCCUUACAGUAUUCCUUUUAAAGACUUGGAAAAUUACAGUGUGCUUGAAUUAACAGUUACUUUUACAAAUCAUUGCAAGUAUUUAAACUGUUGUUAGCACAAGCUUAAUUCUUAAUUCUUUUGAUUUAUGUAUAAUACACAAUUGCUUCUAGUGAACACUGACCAAAUGUGUAUAUAUGAUUUCUGCAAAUAAAGGUUUACUUGACAAUCUGA